AGAUUGAAGCAAGCGGCCGAGGCAGGAAGACAAGUGAAAAUUUCGAACAAUUUGUGCGACGAAAACCCGUGACUAAAUCGGACUGCUUGGCUGGACAGCCUCCGUCGCGAGGAACAUCGGAUUUCGCGUUGCUAGCCAGCCAGCCGAAGUGAAUAUCAGAAAGAAUUUGAUGUGAUUUGUGAUAUUUGAGAAGCAGGCGACAUUUACGACAGAAGCGGCAGCCUACUGCGACGACCACGACGACGACGACGAUAAGUGAGUGGUUGAGCGAUAGCAUCGGAAAAGUGUUUGUUGUUGGUACUCUUUGAGUCGUUCCUUCUUUUUUGGAGUUAAGUGAUUAGUGUGUUUUGUGCUGGUGGAAAACCAAAGAAAAAAAAAAAGAAGGAUACAUUAGAGUGGCUGCUGAGUUGCAAGAAGAAGAAUCAGUUACUACAGUUUUUUUUUUCGCUGUAUUGUGGAUAUCGAUUUUGUGUAAAAGUUCUCAUUUACUGGACCACUGUGGAGGCUCUGAUAAAUCGGCGGUGUAACAGCGCUGAGGAAGGACGAAAGGAUGCCUGUCAAAAAGCAAGAAGCACACCGGGCCCUUGAACUGCUCGAGGACUACCACUCGCGACUGUCCAGCCCCCAGGAUAGAGCCCUCCGCAGUGCCAUCGAGCGAGUCAUUCGGAUAUUCAAAUCGAGGCUCUUCCAAGCGUUGCUAGACAUACAGGAGUUCUAUGAACUCACCCUUUUGGACGACUCAAAAUCCGUUCAGCAAAAAACAGCCGAAACUCUGCUCAUUGCCAGCAAAUGGGAACAGGACAAUGCAGCCAAGGCAAACGAGAAUGGUAACACCACCACAGCCACUACCACCACCGCCAUCACCACCACUACCACUACCAAUCAUUUCCCAGUUCCAUCGAUAGCCAAUGGCAACAAAAAGCAACAGUCACAGCCGAACCACAAUAUCAACAUCGGCCAACAGCUACAGCAACUGCACCAAGAACUGCUCGAGAACCAGGCUAAUCGCUUGAAGCAACAGGAGCAGCAACAGCAGCAGGAACAACUAUGCAAGCAACAACAGCAACAACAGCAGCAGCAGCAGCAGCUACAGGAAGAGGAGGAAAAAGUGAUUCCCUCGAUCCUGGCUGAGUCGCCGUCGCCGUCCCGUUUCACGGGAACCAGAGUCAACACAUCAAACUCGAGCGAUUCAAAACAGCUCAAUGGCGAUUCCGUUUGGGAGUAUGAAGAUAUUGCCCUGGUUCGGGGAACGACCGGGCUGGGCUUUUCGAUAGCAGGCGGAACGGACAAUCCGCACAUCAAUCUGGAUGCGUCGAUCUACAUCACCAAAGUGAUCCCGGGCGGUGCGGCGUACGCCGAUGGGCGGCUGCAGGUCAACGAUUGCAUCGUGGCCGUAAACGAGAUGACGGUGGUGAAUGUGACCCACGGCGAGGCGGUCGAUGCCCUGAAGAAAGCCGGCGAGCGGGUAACGCUGCACAUACGAAGAAAACGGCCACCGGCGCAGGCUCCCAAGCAGGAGGAAAUCGACCUGUUCAAGGGAGGCAAGGGGUUAGGAUUCUCGAUUGCCGGCGGAAUUGGCAACCAGCACAUCCCGGGUGAUAAUGGAAUCUACGUGACGAAGAUCAUGGAAGGUGGAGCGGCGCAUGUCGACGGAAGGCUCGCCGUCGGUGACAAGCUGAUCGGUGUGAGAACUAGUGAGGGAGAGCGAAAUCUCGAAAAUGUGGUCCACGAAGAAGCGGUGGCCACGCUGAAAGCAAUCACCAACAAGGCGACGCUGAUCGUCCAGAAGACCAACAUCCUGCAAGCGCUCGCCAAUUCGAUCAACAACCUGAACUCGCUGUCGACCAAUGCGAUGAACCAGAUCGGUCAGAGCGUGGUGGACAAUGCGGUUUCGGGCGAGCUGCGGUCACAUUCGCCCAUGCUGGACAACUCCUCGUCCCGGUAUGCGUCGUCCAACUUGCUGGAGUCGGGUUUGCCGGUCGGCACACCGCGGGCGGUUAGUCAUGAGGAUAUUUCGAGGGAACCUAGGACAAUUGUUAUCCAGAAGGGCCCAUCCGGGUUGGGCUUCAACAUUGUUGGUGGUGAAGAUGGACAGGGUAUUUUUGUGUCAUACGUGCUCGCCGGUGGCGCAGCCGAUCUGGGCGGUGAGCUCAAACGUGGCGACCAGCUGCUCAAUGUGAACGGUGUCAGCUUGGCGGGGGCGUCCCACGAGCAGGCCGCUGAAGCGUUGAAGAACGCCGGUGGCACUGUUACGCUGUUGGCCCAGUACCGCCCGGAGGACUACAACCGUUUCGAGCAGCGGAUACAGGAACUGAAACAGCAGGUUGUGGCCGGUACCGGAACUUUGCUGCGAACAUCACAGAAGCGGACACUCUACGUGAGGACGCUGUUCGAUUACGAUCCGAAUCGAGACGACGGUUUGCCGGGCCGUGGCCUCCCCUUCCGGCAUGGUGAUAUUCUGCAUGUGACGAAUGCUUCGGAUGACGAGUGGUGGCAGGCCCGGCGCGUGAUUGGCGACGACGAGGAGGAAAGCAUCGGAAUUGUGCCGUCGAAACGACGGUGGGAACGGAAACAGCGGGCACGCGAUCGAAGCGUCAAGUUCCAGGGCCAUGCCGGGGGAAAUAUGGAGAAGGUUUCGACUCUCGAUCGGAAGAAGAAGAACUUUUCGUUCUCGCGGCGGUUCCCGUUCAUGAAGAGCAAGGACGACAAGAACGAGGACGGCUCGGAUCAAGAGCCGAAUGGCAAUGUGUGUGAUCAGAAUAAUCAUGAUUCCGAGCAACCUUUCAUGCUUUGCUACACACAAGACGACGCAAACGCCGAAGGGGAAAUAAUCUACCGCGUGGAGUUACCCGACAUGGAGCAGAUAACUCUAAUUUACCUGGAGAAUAAUGAUGCUGAUUCCGAAGAGAACAUCCUCUCGUACGAGUCGGUCCAGCGCUUGCAGAUCGGCUACACCCGACCGGUGAUUAUCCUGGGUCCACUGAAGGAUCGCAUUAACGAUGACCUCAUUUCGGAGUAUCCGAACAAGUUCGGUUCGUGCGUUCCUCAUACCACACGGCCGAAGCGGGACUACGAGGUGGACGGCCGGGACUAUCACUUUGUGGCGUCGCGGGAACAGAUGGAGAAGGACAUCCAGAAUCACCUGUUCAUCGAGGCGGGCCAGUACAAUGAGAACCUGUACGGCACAUCGGUGGCCUCGGUCCGCGAGGUGGCGGAGAAGGGUAAACACUGCAUUCUGGACGUGUCCGGUAAUGCGAUCAAGCGGUUGCAGGUGGCGCAGCUCUACCCAAUUGCCGUCUUCAUCAAGCCGAAGUCGGUGGAAUCGAUCAUGGAAAUGAACCGACGGAUGACUGAGGAACAGGCCAAGAAGACUUACGAGAGGGCACUCAAGAUGGAGCACGAAUUUGGCGAAUACUUCACAGCACUCGUACAAGGCGACACGAUCGAGGAGAUCUACAGCAAGGUGAAGAACGUAAUCUGGUCCCAGAGUGGCCCAACGAUCUGGGUGCCCUCGAAGGAAUCUCUAUGACCUCAAGCGAAUAUCACGUGGACGCUGCCACCAAAUAUGCGCGCCCGGCCCGUUUCGCGAUCCGGCUACCACCAUUGACGGUAACCCCGAGAUAACUGCGGAUAAGAGUAGCAUGAACAACUCACACAAAA